AUGUCAAUUGUUUCACUGCUAGGGAUCAAUGUGCUCAACAACCCUGCGAAGUUUGCAGACCCUUAUGAAUUUGAGAUCACUUUCGAAUGCUUGGAACCAUUGAAAAAGGACCUCGAAUGGAAGCUUACAUACGUUGGCUCUUCUCGCAGUUUAGAGCACGACCAAGAGCUUGACUCUAUUUUGGUGGGUCCCGUUCCAGUCGGAGUCAAUAAGUUUUUAUUCACGGCCGAUCCUCCUUCGCCAGAGUUGAUUCCAGCAAGCGAACUGGUAAGUGUUACGGUGAUUCUACUGAGCUGUUCCUAUGACGGACGUGAAUUUGUUCGCGUUGGAUACUACGUGAACAACGAGUAUAACAAUGAGGAGCUUAGAGAAAAUCCGCCCGCUAAAGUUCAAGUGGAUCAAGUGGUCAGAAAUAUUCUGGCAGAAAAACCACGAGUAACGAGGUUCAACAUUAUUUGGGACAAUGAGCAAGGCGACGAAUAUCCGCCAGAACAGCCUGAAGUGGAAGCUGAGGAAGAAGAUGACGACGAAGUGGAAGAAGAAGGAGAAGACGACGAAGAUGACGACGAAGAUGACAUGGAAGGAGAUGCCGAACAAGAUAUAGAGACUAACGGUAGCAAGCUCGAUGGUGACGACACUAGUGCGAGUCAAGGAGACGUUUCUGCUACAAAUGAGCCGGAACCUAAAAAACGGAAAAUUAACAAUCCAGAAGAAGCUGAGGCAGAGGAAAUAAUUUUGGAAAACGAUGAAGACGAUGAAGAGAUUGACCUUGUAGAAGAAGAAGAAGAAGAAGAAGCUGAAGAAGCUGAAGCAGAGGACGACGAGGAUGACGAUGAAGUCGUGGUUGAGGAAGAAGACGGUGAGCAUGGGUCAGGACAUGGGGACGACGCCGAGAGAGAGGCGACCGUGGAAACUGUCCCGACCCCUCAAGACACCACAACGGCAACGGCAUCGGACCCAGAACCCUGA